CUCCUUCCACGGCUUCGAGUCAUCCACAUGCUGAAGCCACAGCCACUUGGCGCGGAGCGCCGUGUUGAGGAGGCUAAGCGGAACUUUCUAUACAUAUGACUUUACAAUUGUUGUGCGGAAUAUGAGCAGUUUGUGCAAAUAUAACUACCAUGUCUUCAUGUCUUGUCUCUAUGUAAUUGUCAAAAACUUUCUGAAACAUAACUUUUUUUAUCAUUGUAUUGUCGAAACCGACGGCGCGAGCGUGAUCCAGUAGAUCGAUAUAUCUGCCGUGUGCCGUCGCCGAUCCGAUCGAAGCAGCGAUGCCAUGGUGGAAAUCCAAUCGAACCGGGCCCCGGCCAUCCCCAGCUGGGUGCUCCUGGACCAAUUCUUCCUCUACGAGAACCCGGCCGCCGGCUCCUUCCCCGCCGCGGCCGACGCGACAUCCGCGGGGGCAAGGGACACCAAAGGCGAGCCCAUCGGCGUCUCCUUGGAACUCCAUCCGCCGCCGGCGUCAUCCCGCUUCCGCCUGCACUACUGCCCGGUGGAGCGGGAGCCCUCCGGCGCCGUCCUCUUCCGCGUCGAGGUCCCCUUCGUCGGGCUCCCCUUGAAUCACCGCUACGCCAUGGACUACUUCCUCUACAGAGCCUCCGGCCCCAGGCUCUCCCUGCUCCAGCGCUGCUACUCCACCUACGACGAGAUCAUGGCCAUGGAGGCGGCCGUGGGGAAGGAUGCUAACUGGAGGUCCACGAGGCGCAUGGUGAACCAAAACGCCAUCGGCCUCUUGCUGCUUCCUGGUCCUGGUGAUGGCGACGAAGAAGGCUUCGUGGUGGCGGAGCUCAGAAUCAACAUCCGGCCGCCGAAACCCCGACGGCGCCGCUGGAAGCCGAGCUCUUCAGGAUACAAUCCUCCUCGUCCAAAAACGGCGGUGGCCAAUGGGAGCUAAUCCCCGUCACGAGCCGCGGCGGCAACAUCAAUUUCCAGGACUUUGCCCGGUGGACAACCCACAAAGUCGUCCCCUUCAGUCGUCGCUACCUGUGCUGGGUCGAUUACAACAUGGGCCUUCUCUUCUGCGACGUCGGCAGCAAA